GUUUGCGAGUUUCCUUGCGUUCCCAUGAAGCGAUCGAUCACGGUGGUCUACAACCAGACGAGGACGCGGGUAGUGUGGUACGAUGGGACAUCCGACGCCAUGGUCGAGAAGGCAGCAUGCAUCCAGCUCGGCCUGCCAUCGACGUCGUCCAUUCUUCUCAAGGACGUGCAUGGAGAGCUGGUGCCAAUUGCCGCUUGCUUGCCGCCUGCAGAGUACGUCGUCGUUCGCUUUGGCGCAAUCCCCGACGACAACCACAUCCUCCACACCGCCAACCACGUUGCACAUACAGCAUCUUGUCCUCCAUCGUAUACUUCGUCGUCCACACCUCUUAUCACGUCCCGUGGCGAGUCGGACGAUCCCGCCGCCCAACCACCGUCCACGUCUCGCACAAAACGCACGGGUAUUCCCACGGUCUCCACAAAGCUCAAGAAGACAUCGCCCACGGCCCUCAUGAAGCUCUUCCUCGAAACCUUCACCGUCCCGCUCGCGUCUGACGACAUCAUCAACUUCGUACCCAAUCACGGCGAGUUUGGCAUCGACAGACUCUAUGCGACCCUCGUACCCGCCAUAUACCUUCCCCAGGACACGACUACGUUCUACAAGCUCGCGUCCUCGUCGAUUGUCCUCGAUCGGCAGCGCGUGAUCCGGUACUACCGUGUCGGAGACGUCUACGCCCAGCUGCUGGCUGUGGGCAAAGGGCCCCUCCUUCGCGCGUACGUGGACCCGUGUACCCACAACCAGGCGUUGCUAAGCAAGUUCGCCGCUGCCCUGGACGCAUCCACAGACUGGCUCGCCGCGCGGUACACGGAGUUUCUCCAUGGGUUCACACCUAUUUCUCGCACAGAGUUCGUCACCGACAGCGAAUGACGACGAGUUGUGUCCAACUUUUGUGUCCACCAGCGUACAUGUCAUUCCUUGUGGAUGCUGUACCCAAAUCGCUUUGUAUUGGUCAAAAAUUAUCAUUCUAGCCAAUCAAACAAGUCGAAGAAAAUAGAAAUGGCCAAUCCGAACCCAUGAGAAUAAAAGUAGUCGGCCACCUUUUAUAUUGAGUUGUACUAACGUUAUUAUUAAUAAUACGUAUUGUGCAUUUCACCCAAA